UCACUCGGCCGAUGAUGCUCUCACCGAAGAGCCGCCCGCCCGCACGGAUGACGGCCUGAGUGCAGGUCGGCAGAAUGCGGGGCUGGAAGUAGAAGAACCACGGAUCGUGAUGGACGCAGCCUUGUUUGCCCAGAACAGCGGCUCCAGAAAGGAAUCGGUCUUGAUAAACGGAAGAAUGGGGGGAGGAACCCGCCCGUUCGUCUUGGCAACGAUCUUGUAGAUGACGUCUUCAAUCGCCUUGGACACCACACUGACGACGGAGGCGUAGAGUGAGCGGGCGGACUCAGUCGAAAGGCCACUCAGGUCCUUGAAACGGGUGGUAUCCUCCAUCGACAGGCGGGCCAAGCGGAACGACGGGCAGAUGAUGAGAGCAGGACGGCCUUGUCUGCUUGGAUAUGCCAUCGCGCCCUCAACAGCAGUCGACGGGUGGCACUCUUCGUCAUCAACAGACCAGACCAGUACGAUAUCAAGAUAAGUGCCGUUCAACAGGUCCACUUUGAAGGCCAGCAGCACCUUCUCGACGGGAUGGCUGGCCACCUCGCUGAUGAUUUGGUCCUCUCGGCGCCGCUGCAGCUCGUAGAACUCAUCAUCGUCCAUCAUGCCGCCGAUGUACUUGAUGCGAGUCACGUGUGCGCGCCGAUAGGGCGGCAGGCCAGCCGUCGCCUGGCAGACCUUCUUGUGCUUGGCGCGCCAGUGCUGAAUCUGGCAUUCCUUCCCACAGUAGCUGAUGAGAUGGCAUCCAUUGCAGUCGGAGAGUGACAGCACGGCAGGGGGCGACUUGCCGCACAUGCCGCAGCGCUUCGGUGAUGGAUAGGCAGCCGAGGCAUUGAGGUGGUGGACCUUGUAGCCAGGCAUCUCUGACACACACAGAAACAGGGAGAGCCAGUGCGGUUGUGCAUUGCCUGGUUGUGCAUUGCCUCUCUGGCCAUUCCCGGCACCCACCGUCAUAGUUGAAGGGCAUCGUGUCGCCGUCAGUCGCCCCAGCCACGCGAGGACUGGCAGCACUCGAGCUGGCGGCUGUCGAGCCGGGCUGAUUGGCCUCCUUCUGCUGGCUCAGGGGAACCUUGUGGCCAGGCAUCUCUGAUGACACACACCAAGGACACAAGCAAUGUCUGUUCUUCAGCUCCUUUACGGCCUCGGCUGCGUUUCCGCCCACCAGCAGAGGUGAAGGGCACGUCAGAUGAUGCAGUCACUUCUGGCUGUUGCUGCUGCUGCUUCUUCUGCUUGUCCACGGCCAUCGCGGCCAUCGCUCUGCUGACACCAGCUGUCGGUCCUUCAUCGUCAGAUGAGUCGCUCAGGUCCAGGUUGUCCCAGCGGCUGUAGUCGAUUGGCUUCCCAGACAUCGUCUGUCAGACCUCUCUGUUUCGCAGAUGUGAGGAUUCAGCACCUUGCCCCACUCACAGAUCACACCUCUUUCUCUUCGUUGGGCUCCUCUUUCUUCUUCCCC